GGGCUGAUGGAAUGUCUUCCUGAACAACGUUUGUCCCAGCCCAGCGACACCUGCUGCUCACACGGGAGGGUGAGAUUCCCCAAGUGGGAACCUGGGUCCCUUUAGCUGCUUCUGUGCAUAUACUGCCCUUGACAACUAGGUUUUUUAGAUUCUGUUUGGAAGUACCUCCAUGGAGAAGUCCUGAGGCAAAUGGCCCCGUUUGAGCUUGCUAAGGAGGCACAACAGGCUGACGCGGAACCUGUGGUAACAUCAGGGGCCUCAGAAGCAGUGCCAAGGGUGCUUUCUGGAGAUCCUCAGAACAUCUCUGAUAUGGAUGCCUUCAACUUGCUCCUGGACAUGAAAAUGAAGCGACGGCGUGAACGGCCUAACCUUCCGCGUACUGUGACCCAGCUGGUGGCUGAGGAUGGGAGCAGGGUAUACGUGGUGGGCACUGCUCACUUCAGUGACGACAGCAAGCGGGACGUAGUGAAGACUAUCCGGGAGCUGCAGCCCGAUGUGGUGGUUGUGGAACUCUGUCAGUACCGUGUAUCCAUGCUGAAGAUGGAUGAGAGGACACUGCUUCGAGAAGCCAAGGACAUCAACCUGGAGAAGCUGCAGCAGGCUGUCAGGCAGAAUGGCCUCAUGUCUGGACUCAUGCAGAUGUUGCUGCUGAAAGUGUCUGCGCACAUCACUGAGCAGCUGGGCAUGGCCCCUGGUGGCGAGUUCAGGGAGGCCUUCAAGGAGGCCAGCAAGGUACCAUUCUGCAAAUUCCACCUGGGUGAUCGGCCCAUCCCAGUCACCUUUAAGAGGGCCAUUGCUGCACUCUCCUUUUGGCAGAAGGUCAAGCUGGCCUGGGGCCUGUGCUUCCUGUCAGACCCAAUCAGCAAAGAUGAUGUGGAGCGCUGCAAGCAGAAGGACCUGUUGGAACAGAUGAUGGCGGAGAUGAUUGGGGAAUUUCCUGACUUGCACCGGACCAUUGUCUCCGAGCGUGAUGUCUAUCUGACCUAUAUGCUGCGGCAGGCCGCACAGCGCCUUGAGCUUCCCCGAGCCUCUGACGCUGAGCCCAGGAAGUGUGUCCCAUCUGUGGUUGUGGGAGUUGUUGGCAUGGGUCAUGUGCCUGGCAUUGAGAAGAACUGGAGCACCGACCUCAACAUCCAGGAGAUCAUGACAGUUCCCCCACCAUCCAUCUCAGGCAGAGUGUCCCGGGCGGCCUUGAAGGCUGCCUUCUUUGGCCUGCUGGGCUACAGCCUGUACUGGAUGGGCCGUCGAACCGUGAACCUGGUCCUAUCACUGCCUGCUGCACAGUUCUGCGUACAGAGGGUGAGCGAGGCCCGGCCAGGCUGGUAGAAGGACCAUGCAAGGAAGAGACCACACCCAGGCCCUCUACUCCUCUGCAUCACAUCUGGUGCUUCCGAGGAGCUGGCACCUCCUGUCUGGGGAUAUCCCUGGGUGUAGAUGCAUCAAGCCACCCCCUAUGGGGGCCUAGGCCAGGCUUCCCCUGCCUUUCCCAUGCCCAGCCCACCCAAAUAAAGAAUAUUUAACUGUCUGA